UCUGACUAACAGUUGAAAAAUAAACUGGGUUGAAUAAGUUGGAAUUUAUGUGCAAGUAAUAUGUUAGAGAUGAAGUGUUUGUUAAUAAUUAGUCUUGUGGUUUUUGUAACUGUUGUUAUUUCAGAUACAGGUAAACCUUUGUUUUUACCAAACUUGCCAGUUGGUAAAUACCGGCUUAAUUUUUUAGCACUGCUUCGUUGUACUUCUGCCCGGCUGAAUAAUAAAAUAAAAUAUGAAUUGUACCUUGGUAAAAAAUCUGCCAACACCACAGAAUUUCUAGGAAACAUAACACAUUUAGUACCAUUUGAUGAUUCCUUGAAUUUGGAAUUCGAUAUGGCGAGAAAAGAUUCUGUUGGUGGUUGGAAGAAUAAUGAUUUUGUUUAUAAAUCACCCAAAGGUUGCACGACACUUAAAACGUUCUUUGGAGGUGCUUGGACUUCAAUUAUGGAUGGUCUAGGAAUCUACAAUGCCACUUGUCCUAUUCCCGUGGGUUUUUAUAAAGGAUCUGGCUUAGAUACUGCUGAUUUCAUGUUAACCAAUUUUCCCAAGACAUUUUUUUACGGAACAUACAGAUUCACUAUUUAUUUUACCAAAAACAAUGAAGUCUAUGGUUGUUUUACUUUAGUUGUAGAGGUGAAGCGACCUUGGGAACUUGAUUAAACGUUAAACAAAAAUUAUAUUUUAAUAGUUCUAAUCAAUAUUCAUGUUCACGAUACAUUUAUUUAUUAUUAUUACUCAGAUAUACCAUUUUUUUUGUGAUUUAAAAAUAAACAAUAUUCUUCGUUC